GGUCCAUUUCUCAGCUCGGCCGGCGGAGAAAGAGCUGAACGAAGGGAAAUGCAGCGGCAUGGAGCUCGGAGAAUUGGUUCCCAGAUUGAGGUGGGCGUCAAGAGGAGCCACUCUUUCUGUGCUGUCGCUUCGCUUUCAGCACACGAACUUAAUAAAGAUGACCAAAUCUUCUGUCAUCUUCUCGAGGCCUGCAAAUUCUCGUCGGAUAUCAGAACUGCAACCGAAACCCACACCAGAAUCAUAAGAUUUGGGUAUGGAACACACCCGUCUCUCGUAGCUUCCUUGAUAUCUGCCUAUUCGCACUGUGACCGCCUCAAUGACGCUUACAAAGUUGUUGAUCAGGUCUUUAGUUGGAGUGUGAAUCUAGUUGCUCUGAAUAAGACCCUGCACAGCUUCAUUAAAUCUAGAGAUUCAGAGUUGGCCAGGAAGGUGUUCGAUAAAAUGCCUGACCGAGAUGUGGUGACUUGGAACUCGAUGAUUGGAGGUUAUGCUGAUAAUGGGCGUUUUCAGGAAGCCUUGAGUCUCUUCAAACUGAUGCUUAGUUCAAAUGUUGUUCCUAACAAGUUCACUUUUGCAUCCGUUAUGCCCGUUUGUGCAAAGCUUGGUAGGCUUCCCCUGGCGAAGUGGCUGCAUCAGCUGAUGAUCGAUAAGAGAAUUGAGGUGAACUACAUUCUGAUUGCAGCUAUGAUCGACAUGUAUUCCAAAUGUGGCGGAAUAGAAGCGGCUAAAACUAUAUUUGAGAGGGUUCAGCGGGAUGAUGUUUCUGUUUGGAACUCAAUGAUCAAUGGGCUAGCAAUACACGGGUUUGCCCGGGAUGCAAUUGCAGUGUUCUCAAAGAUGGAUUUCGAAGGUAUUACUCCAGAUGCUAUAACAUUUCUCGGACUUAUGUCCGCUUGUAGUCGUUCUGGUUUGGUCAAAGAAGGCCGGCAUUACUUCAAUCUGAUGAAAAAUCGGUACUCGAUUGAACCGCAGCAUGAGCAUUACGGUGCCUUGGUUGAUCUCUUGGGUCGAGCUGGCCUUCUGGAGGAAGCUUAUGCUGUGAUUGCAUCAAUGCCAAUUGAGCCAGAUGUAAUUAUUUGGAGGGUAUAUCUCAGUGCUUGUAGAACGCACAAAAAUCCAGGCAUGAGUGAAGUCGCCAUUGCUAAUAUAUCACGUCUCAGAAGUGGAGAUUAUGUAUUGCUGUCCAAUACGUACUGCUCUCAACAGCAAUGGGACAGUGCACAGAGAGUAAGGGAGAUGAUGAAGAAGCAUGGGGUAAGUAAAAAGAAAGGAAUUAGUUGGUUGGAAUGGGGAGGCAGGUUUCACCAUUUCAGAUCUGGCGAUCGAUCUCAUCCCGAGACAGAAGCAAUAUUCCAAGUUCUUGGAGGGCUGAUCGAAAGGGCAAAGGGGGAAGGCUUUGUCCCGAAGAAAGAGUUGGUCAUGAUGGAUGUUUCGGAAGAGGAAAAGGAGGAGAAUCUUUGUCAUCACAGUGAGAAGUUGGCAUUGGCAUAUGGGAUUCUCAAGACUGGUUCCGGUACAGAAAUCCGAAUCUCAAAGAAUCUCCGGAUCUGCGGCGAUUGUCACAAUUGGUUUAUUUUGGUUUCAAGGAUGUUAAACCGGGUGGUUCUUGUGAGAGAUCGGAUUCGGUUUCACAGGUUUGAAGAUGGUUUAUGUUCUUGUGGAAACUAUUGGUAAAUUACAUAUUUGUCCAAAUUAAAUUUCAAAAUUGACACCCACCCAACAUACUACAUACCCCUCCCUUCCUCUCACUCUCCCUCCUUUCUUCAUGACGUUCCCUCGUCAUUAGGGCUGUAAAUGAGUCGAGUCGAGUCGAGUUUUGCCCAAUUUGAGCUCGGCUCGUUUAUUAACGAGCCAAGUCAAAUCGAGCUCGAGCUAGCUUGUUUACUAAAAUAUUGAUUUUUAA